AUGGCAAACCUCUUCGGCGACUUCUCCUUCGACGCUCCGUCACCGUCCCCCUCACCCGCGCUGGCCGCCCACCACGAAGCCGAGCGAGCCCUCAUGAACUGCUCCCCCACCUCGAGGCCUGCCACGCCUCAGCACCCCUACAGCCGGCCGCUGACACCGCCGCCGUGCACCAUGGGCGACCUCGCCCAGCUUCUGGGCGGACAGAAGCUCUUCAUCAGCACCUCGCGCGCCCACCACAUCCCUGCCGGCCCACCCACUCCCCCCAGCGACGACGACACCUUCCCCGCCGGCCAGCAGGCCUCGCGACCCACCUACUGCCGCGCCUCGGCCUCGAUCAUGCGCAUGCAGCGACAGGCCCACUCGCGUCUGCAGUGCUGCUCCUCGCAGGCCAGGGACAUUUCCCAACUGGUGCGCAUGAUCGAGCAGGAGGAGCAGUGCUGCGUCAGCGGAUCCGCCUCUUGCUCCCCCUCGACAUCCUCGCUCGUCGCUGGCUCAGCGGGAGACGACGAGGGCAUCGGCAUGGACUACGACUGCCCGUUGCGCGUGACAGAGCCCCUGUUCUCGCGCCCUCUCUACCGCGCAGGCGACCGUCACAAUGACAGCGUCCGCGUCAGCAAGCACGUCCGCAUGCGAAAGCGCUCGAGCACGGCAAAGGAUGUCCAGGAGAGGCGGAAGACGAAAUAG